GAGUCCAUCUUCCAUCUGCAGGGGGGCUCAGUGGAUCUGUCUUGUCACAUCAACCCCCCCGCCACUAAGGAGGAGAUGGCUCAGUCUGCUCACCUCAUGACUCUCGGACUUUGUCGCACCUCAGCCGCCAAACAUCCCCCCCCCCCUUCCCCAACCCAACACCUUCCUCCCCCAGAGCGCCCCCCCCGUGCGUCCCAGGAUGACAGGAAGCAGACGAGGACUCUGCUGCCAUGUCUCCUGUGUCCUCUGAUGCUUCCGUCCCAGCGGCUCCUGGACGUUCACAUCCGGUCUCACCGAGCGUCCGGCGGCUUCGGCUGCGUCCGCUGCAGCUGGACGGCCGACAGCUGGGAGGAGCUCGAACCUCAUUGGAGGAGCCACUGCAGGAAGGUACUGAGGGAGGAAGAGGAGGAGGAGGAGGCGGUGGCGGCGCCGUGUUCUGUCUGUCUGAGGACGUUCAGGAGUGUUGCAUCACAAAACGCUCAUGGCCACAGUAACUGCUCAGAGAGACGGAAGCGCCGACUGAUUAGACAAGCAGGAGGCAAGGAGGCGGAGCUUACAGACAGACAGACAGCUGGCAGCCAAUCAGAGACCAGCCUGAGAGUGAUGCUUCCUGGUCCGACUGGCAGGCGACUGCAGAGCAACACCAACAGCAAGAAGAAGAAGACCAGGAGAAAGAAAAAGAAAGAAGAAGAAAAAGCGGAGGCCAAGGAGACGGAGUUCUGCUGCUCACUGUGUCACAGGAAGUUCUCCUCCAGCCUGACGCUGAGGCGCCACCGGGGCGUCCACGGAGGAGAGAGAGCGUUCAGCUGUCCACACUGUUCCUACUGCAGCCGCCUGAGGGCCUCACUGCUGCAGCACCUGAGGACACACACAGGUGAGAAGCCGUACAGGUGUGGUCAGUGUGCGUACGCCUCCAUCGACCGCAGCUCGCUGAUCAGACACACUCGCACUCACAGUCAAGAGAAACCUCACCGAUGUACACACUGUGACUACAGCAGCAUCCAGAAGAAGAGUCUGGACCUCCAUGCUCGCCGUCACCACACAGGUGAGGCGUUUCCAUGCCGACAGUGUGUGUACUCGAGCCCGGACCGCCAGCUGCUGCUCAGACACGUUCGCAGACACCACGCCCCCUCGCAGCACGCCGCUCUGUGAACCCACCGGUGGCUAAACGCCCUUACUGGACUCUUGGCUUGUGGGCUGAACCACACUGAUGAUGUCACAGUCAGACUUUAAAGACGUUUUUAUUGAUAACGAAAAUAAAAUGUAAAAAACUGAA